AUGCCCGCCUCCUCUGCACGGCGCAGCGAGAAGGCGAAGUCGUACCAGGUGCCCUCGAGCCGCACGACCACCGAUUCACGCCCGCGCGCUGCACGCACGCUGUCAUCCACGCUGGUGGAGCUUCGCCGGGCCGACGACACCCCUGCACAUUUGCAGGUGCAAGACCAGGUGCUACUGCGCCGCCCGCUUCCCAACGUAGAAGGACAGGAUGAGGACGAGGUCGCCGGUGUCGUUGGUGCCGUCCGCACUUUUUCCCCAUUCCACACCCCAGAGCUGAGCGAGCCCCUCCCGACGCUGAAUAUCGCCGUCGUGGGCCAUUCCAACGUCGGCAAGUCCACGUUUAUGCAACGCGCACUGGAACUGCCCGCCCUUCCCACCUCCCAGGCCGCGGAGCGCAAGCUCCCCAUUGACGGCAGCGACUACAUCGUGCGACUGCUGGAACUCCCCAUUGAAGAACUAGACAUUGACGAUGACGACACAAUCAAUUGGCCGGACACGAUUGAGGAUAAGAUGAUGCCGAGAGUGGACGGAGCCAUUGCAUUAUACGACGUGCAAGACAAGGAAAGCAUCGAGGGGCUGCCUCAAGUGCUCAACGCCAUCGCCAACGCAGCGGUGCCCACACUCCUUCUCUCCUGCAAGUGUGACACACCGCCAUCAGAGCGGGAAAUCGAUCCCUUUCAAGUCGAGCUGAACGCAAGACGAGCAAUCAGCAGUAUAACUACAUUUCAAAUCUCACGAGACCCCGAAAGCCACAGACGAGGCAUCUCGGUGCUGUUGAACAGCAUUGUUGGCGGUAUUGCAGAAAACCGUCGGAGAAGCUUAUCGGCGAACCGACGCAGAGCACAGACAAGUACCCUGGGUCGUUCUGUGUCGCCGCGACAGCUGGGACAUUCGCGCGCCAGCUCAGAGCUGAGUUCGACACUGUACAAAGAUCAGAGGCACUCACGGCACGACUCCAGUAUUGUUGGCUACACCUCAUCCGAUCGUCUCCGAGUGCCACGCGACGACGACCAGAUGCAAUCUACUUUCCUACACGAGGCGUCCGCGAGCGAGGCCUCGCUGACCUCCUCUCGUUCAUCCACCAGCGCCGAUGCGUACCAAGCCUUGGCAGGUGCAUCACAAUCAUCCAUCGCCUCUGAGAAUGGCGCGACAUUCGACGAACUUGUCACCCGUCUAUUGGCCCAACCCACGUCAAAGUCAGACAUUAAGUUCUCGGCGAUAUUUCUCGCAAUGUACAGGAAAUUUGCAGCUCCUGGCAAGUUGCUAGAAGCCAUUGUACAGCGCUUCGACGCUCUAGAACGUAACGGCAGCGCGCAGAUGAUGAAAUCCGUGACCCAGCUACGGCAUGUUGCCAUUCUCCAAAGCUGGGUUUCCACAUAUCCCGGAGACUUUGCAUAUCCCAAGACGAGGCAACGUUUACGCACUUUUGUGAGCAAGCUCGCUGCGACUCGGAUUUUCGCCGCGGCAGCUCGAGAGCUUUCGGUGGAUAUGGAGGCCAUCCGUGAAGACGACGAUACCAACUGGGCUUUCAGUGACAAGGAUAGAGACGCAUCGGGCGAUACGUCAAGGAGCUCUCUUUCUUCAACAGCAAGUACGCUGAUUGACGAUCCGGCCUUCACUUUCGAGCAGGAGCUCAGCGGCAGCACCAUAAACGACGACGUCGUGUUUGAGGCCCUGCCCAAGUUCGCAAAUCAGAUGAUGGUCUACGUUGAACAAGCUCAAAAACAAGCACAGACCCUACUGCCUGUGCCGAGGAGUGCUUUGACGAAGUCCCAUUGGCGAGCGCUGAUGGAGCUACCUGACGAACUCAUCGCAAAGGAGCUCACGCGAAUGGACUGGAUCAUGUUCUCCGCGAUUCGACCUCGCGAUCUUGUGCGGCAUGUAGCACUCUCCAAAGAGCAAAAGGAAGCUUGCAAAGACCUGGCACACGUCAAUCGCAUGAUCGACCACUUCAACCAAUUGGCAAGCUGGGUUGCCAAUUAUGUGCUAUGUCGCGACAAACCCAAGCAUAGAGCGCUGAUGCUCGAAAAGUUCAUGCGAAUAGCACGCAAGUUACGAGAGCUGAACAACUAUAACGCAUUGGGCGCCGUCAUUGCUGGUGUCAAGUCAACAUCAGUCCAUCGCUUGGGAGCAACCCGAGAGCUCAUACCGCAGACAACGGGCAAGGAUUGGCUCAAGCUUGAAAUUUUGAUGGCUCCUUCGCGCUCACACUUUGCCUACCGUCUUGCGUGGGAAAACAGCUCUACGGARCGAAUACCCUACCUCCCUCUACAUCGACGAGAUUUAGCCUCGGCUGAGGAAGGUAACAAAACCUUCAUCGGACAUGAAAGCGAGGGCAGGAUUAACUGGAAGAAGUUCGAAAUCAUGGGCGAGGUUAUUGUGGGUUUACAGCGGGCGCAAGGGAUGCCAUACAAGAACAUUGCCGGCACCAAGGGUAACGAGCAUGUCAAAGAGCUCGUGCUCGGCAUCAAGCUCAUGAAGGAUGAAGAUGAACUUUAUGAGCGCAGUGUGCAGUGUGAGCCGCCAGCGUCGGCUGCAAUUGGUCCUUCGGCAAAGUUCAAGGAGUUCUUCAAGCGAUGA